CUUAAAGCCUUUUAAAAGCACCGUGAGAAACUGGGCCAGGACCCCUACAGAAGCAAAACAGAGAAAAUUUUUUUUUCCAGGACCCUUUCAAAAGCUGCAGGUUUAGAAUGAGGAAGAUCAAACAUACGUUCCUUGAAAUGAUUGCAACUGUUGCAUUCUGCAAAGUGGCUACAUUUCAGUUAGCUUCUUACUCUAAGAAAAAGAUGUGGAGUCAGCGACUGGGAAACGGCUACAGAGGUCAGUUAGAAAGGCAGAAGCUAUGGAAGUUUGCAGGAAUGGUUUAGCUGCCCACCGUGCGGUGAUCCCAGACCUUCCUGGAUUGCUGCUUAGACUCCGUGUGAGAAAAGUGGCUAGAAAAGACGGGCGCCUUGGCAUGAGAACAUCCUCAGAGGAGCCUGUGCUGCUUCCUCCUCGUCCUCUGCCCACUCUCUGGGGUACUACUUAGUUACCUUUGGUUUGUGGCUGCUGAGGUCAUCACAUUUUAGUGACUUCCCAACCAAGCAGAAAUCUGCUGAGCCUCUCACAUUCAACUCUGGUUUGAACUGGUUUGAGAAGGCUUAGGAGGCAGCCUUGAAACACCAUUUUGAUUUUUAUCUGGAGAUUAGGUACACAGAUGGAUACUCAGAAGUUUUCAGAACGGGGGUUGAAACUAGAGACUUUUGAUGGACGUUUAAACAUUAUCAUAACCAAUUUGUUGUAGGGCAUUAUGGCUCCAGUGAUGUUAGUGUUGUAGUUAUGGGUGUAGCUAUAAAAACAUUAUAGGAAAAGUCCGUUUUAAAUUAGGUCAAGCCCAGAACCUUUCAAAAUGAAGGUAGGUCCGGUUUCUGUAGGCUACGAGGAUUUCUGUUCCUUGUUUGCCAGCCUAAUAAAAUGCUGCUGUGGUGUGCUGUCCCUCGUAAGGUGCACCUUUUACCUGUCUUUCAGGUAAGGAUAAGAGUUUGCAUUAUUCCAGCCAAUCAGAAUACUUGAGAGGGCCACUCGUGACCUGAGUUGGCCUUGUGUUCUUUAUGAUGUCUGAGAGCUUAGUUUUAUGACAUAAUGGCCAGGAAUAAGGGUGAAUUCUGUGGGUGUACAGGAAGCAGGUGUGUGGGGCUUGACAUAUACCUCACACUACGAGCAGGUGCUCCUGUGUGGGGACUGUGAAAGGCAAGACACUUCUGUGGUUUUUCUUUUCCUGAUUGUUGUUAAGAGCUUGGUUUCGUGAAUGAGGAUGAAUGAAAUGAACCUGAGCCCAGUGGGGAUGGAGCAGCUGACUUCAUCCUCUGUGAGCAACGCCUUGCCAGUCUCAGGAAGUCACCUGGGGCUGGCUGCCUCCCCCACGCACAGUGCCAUCCCUGCUCCAGGCCUGCCAGUGGCGAUUCCAAACCUGGGCCCCUCCCUGAGUUCUCUGCCUUCCGCCUUGUCUCUGAUGCUCCCGAUGGGCAUUGGCGAUCGAGGGGUGAUGUGUGGGUUACCUGAAAGGAACUACACCCUGCCUCCACCACCUUACCCCCACCUGGAGAGCAGUUACUUCAGGACUAUUCUACCCGGCAUUUUGUCUUAUUUAGCUGACAGACCACCUCCUCAGUACAUCCAUCCCAACUCUAUCAACGUGGAUGGCAACACAGCAUUAUCGAUUGCCAAUAACCCUUCAGCGCUAGAUCCCUAUCAGUCCAAUGGAAAUGUUGGAUUAGAGCCAGGCAUUGUUUCGAUAGACUCUCGCUCUGUGAACACACACGGCACCCAAAGUCUUCACCCCAGCGAUGGCCAUGAGGUGGCCUUGGACACAACCAUCACCAUGGAGAAUGUUUCCAGGGUGACCAGCCCGAUCUCUACAGACGGAAUGGCGGAGGAGCUUGCGAUGGAUGGUGUUGCGGGCGAGCACCCCCAGAUCCCAAACGGCUCCAGAAGUCACGAACCUCUGUCUGUGGAUUCUGUGAGCAGCAGCCUUGCAGCAGACACUGUAGGACAUGGUGGUGUGAUACCUAUCCAUGGCAGUGGCCUGGAGCUCCCCGUGGUCAUGGAGACAGACCACAUUUCAAGUCGGGUCAGCGGCAUGUCAGACAGUGCCCUCAGUGACUCCAUCCACACCGUGGCCAUGAGCACCAACUCUGUAAGCGUGGCACUCUCUACCUCACACAACCUCGCCUCCCUAGAAUCCGUUUCCCUCCAUGAAGUUGGCCUCAGCCUAGAACCUGUGGCUGUUUCCUCCAUCACCCAGGAGGUUGCUAUGGGGACAGGCCAUGUAGAUGUGUCUUCAGACAGUCUUUCUUUUGUACCACCUUCACUGCAAAUGGAAGACUCCAAUUCAAACAAGGAAAACAUGGCAACCUUGUUUACAAUUUGGUGUACUCUGUGUGACCGAGCCUAUCCCUCAGACUGUCCUGAUCAUGGCCCAGUGACUUUUGUUCCUGACACUCCAAUAGAGAGCAGAGCAAGGCUUUCUCUCCCAAAGCAGCUUGUCCUCCGCCAGUCAAUUGUGGGAGCAGAAGUUGGUGUGUGGACUGGAGAAACCAUUCCUGUGCGAACUUGCUUUGGGCCUCUAAUUGGCCAGCAGAGUCACUCCAUGGAAGUAGCAGAAUGGACAGACAAGGCGGUUAACCACAUCUGGAAGAUAUAUCAUAAUGGUGUCUUAGAAUUCUGCAUCAUUACAACUGACGAAAAUGAAUGUAAUUGGAUGAUGUUUGUGCGCAAGGCCAGGAACCGGGAAGAGCAGAAUUUGGUGGCUUAUCCCCAUGAUGGAAAAAUCUAUUUCUGUACCUCCCAAGAUAUCCCUCCUGAAAAUGAACUGCUUUUUUAUUACAGUCGAGAUUAUGCUCAGCAAAUCGGUGUUCCUGAACACCCAGAUGUGCACCUCUGUAACUGUGGCAAGGAGUGCAGUUCUUACACAGAGUUCAAAGCUCAUCUGACCAGUCACAUCCAUAACCAUCUACCUAGCCAGGGCCACAGCAGCAGCCACGGGCCAAGCCACAGCAAAGAAAGGAAGUGGAAGUGCUCCAUGUGCCCGCAGGCUUUUAUCUCUCCUUCCAAACUGCAUGUCCACUUUAUGGGUCACAUGGGAAUGAAGCCCCACAAGUGUGAUUUCUGUAGCAAGGCCUUUAGCGAUCCCAGCAACCUGCGGACCCACCUCAAGAUACAUACAGGUCAGAAGAACUACAGGUGCACUUUGUGUGACAAGUCUUUCACCCAGAAGGCUCACCUGGAGUCUCACACGGUCAUCCACACGGGCGAGAAGAAUCUCAAGUGUGACUACUGCGACAAGUUAUUCAUGCGGAGGCAGGACCUCAAGCAGCAUGUGCUCACCCACACGCAGGAACGCCAGAUCAAGUGUCCCAAGUGCGAUAAGCUGUUCUUGAGAACAAAUCACUUAAAGAAGCAUCUCAACUCUCAUGAGGGAAAACGAGAUUAUGUGUGUGAGAAAUGCACAAAGGCGUAUCUGACCAAGUACCAUCUCACCCGGCACCUGAAAACCUGCAAAGGGCCUGCCUCCGGUCCCUCGGCACAGGAGGAGGAGGAGGAGGACGACUCGGAGGAGGAAGACCUGGCCGAGCCCGCGGGGACGGAGGACUGUAGGAUCAGCAGUGCCAUGUAUUCAGCAGAGGAGUCCCUGUCUGCCCACAAAUAGAAGAGCCUCUGUGGAUGGAAAGUGCAAAGGGAAAACCACACAUGACAGUUACCUACCACAGUGGCUUUAUGUAAAACGGCCUGUGUCUCCUGUCCCGCCAGCAGUCAAAGCAGGCUGGGAGCGGAUAAAGCACUUACGGAAGUGUAUGCUAAUGAAACACUUUAAAGCAGAUUGGGAGAGAGAGCAUGUGUCCUGUUGUUAAGUGAUGGAUAGGGAGGAGAGUGUCAACUUUUGAGGUGUGUUUAUGUGAUCGUCUGGAAGCUGCCUUCUGCCUAGACAAGUCAGAGUUAUUCUACAUCCUCCCACUAUUCCUUUCUCCUCCCAGCCCUGUGGCUGAGUGUGUGCUAAAUUUGGUCUCCACCCGACAGCCUUCCCAGUUGCUGAUUGUGUUUGGGACUGUGGUGAUCCGCACUCAUCCAGAACAGGGUGCGACGUGCGCGUAAGGGUGUUAGGCUUCACUGCCGCUAACAGGUGUAGAGCAGCACCUGCAGCCUUGCGAGUUGGCAGUGAUCUCGCUUCCCAAAUUUUCAUCAUCCAGUGGGCAGUGAUGGAGAGAGAAAAGGAGAGACAUGUGGCCACUACCCAGGACCCUGUCUUUGGUGGCAGCCAGGGCGAGUCACCUGGUUCUUGUUUCAGAGAGAUCCUUAGAGGUGUGGACAUUGUCUCUCUGUCUCCAGUCAAGUCUCCCGCUGUUCACAGGGGACGUGGAGAUAGAGAGCCCAGUUCCUGCCUGCUGGAUGGUCUCCUGACAGCAAGGACCUGUGGGCUCUCCUGAGAUGGGUGGGUACCUCCAUGGAAGGGGAGGAAGGGAAUGAUCUUUGAUUUUCCCCAUGACACUACUAGAAUGUUGCCAGGUCAAAGCUACGAAUGACUCGAGGCGCACUGUUGCAUUUUCGAGGUUGUCUGUGCUGAAGGACCUCACAGAUAAGCAUGGAAGAUGCCACAGGACUUGACAAGUAAAGAAGGCCCGAUGGCCACGCGGUAGGCCAGCUUUCAGCAGCUCAGCCUAGUUACUUGUCCAGCCACGCGGUUGCUGUGUCUCACGUGCAUAUCCAGCUUUUGGCAAGAAGCAGAAGCAACGCUAAGUGAACAGGGCUGGCGGAACAUGCUCUCCUGCUCAAGGCACACCCUUUGGUCUGGAGCAGAGGACUCUGGGAAGGUUUGCUGCUAAUGUAUUUAUGGAAUGAAUGUAUUUCAUUCAAAUCUGUAUUCCUCUAGGAAGGAUGAAAUUAAAACUUUUUUAAAAUA